GUGAUAUAGCUGUAUGCAAAGUCAGUGAUCAUAGUAUAUUAAUCCUUUUGUAGUCUGGUGUUCAUUUCAUUCUGUGACAUUUUUUCCUGUAUCAUUACCUAGAGUUCAAGAUUAUUAUUAUCAUUAUUUUUUUUUUUGUACCAGGGAUUGAACUGAGGACCUUGUGCUUGUGAGGCAGGUGGCAGCACCACUGAACUAAAUCCCCAGCCCUCAAGAUUAUUCUUACUAGCUGAAGAGUAAUUUAUCUUUGGCAUGUACUUUAUUAAGCCAUUUUCUUGUGAAUCUAUUUUAUUUGUUUUUGUUUGUAUAUUGUAUUCUCUGCUGUUAGAGACAAGGAUGCAAGCCACAUUUCUGUUGAUAGUUUUUUCUUCCUCUGUUGAACAACUCAUCUAGGAUAAAUUCCCAGGAGUGACAUUGCUGGAUUAUAGGGGUAGAUGAUCCAGAGUUUUUAAACCUUCAUAAACUCUCUUAUGGAAUGAAGCAAUAGUUUUGUUUUGUUUUAAUUAUUGGAGAAAACACCUGAGAAAUCUACGUGUGGACCUCAGCUUGCAAAUAUAUCAGUAGUUCAGCAUGGCAUCUGAAAUCAGAAGGACUGAAUUUGAAUCCAAACUGUGCCACCUGCCAUGAGCGUGUGAAUCCCCUCUCCCAGCUCAAUUUCUUCAGCCAAUUCCAAAAAAAUGGUUCUAUUUAACACGUAGAAGUGUCAUAAUCCUUAUUUCUAAGGUUCAUUGUGGGGAUUGAAAUGUACAUAUGGUACUUGGCCUAAACUUUGCACCUAAUAAAUUUCUUACCCUUUUCGGCAGUUAAAACUUGGAUCAAACUUGUCUACCAGUAAGGAGAUCUGGGACACUUUUGAGAGCGAAUAAACCUUGUCAGAAACAUACGACCUGGCCGACACCUGCAGGUUUUGUAUACCGCGGCAGAGGCCGGAAUCUUUCUGGGCUCAAGGUCAGGGUUCAGGCUGAAGAUAGCUCCGGGGAGGGGCAUGAGCUGUACUUGUAAGGCUUUGUUCUCCAAGGCUUCUCUGAUCUGCCCAGGAACUCCCCCUCCCAAAAGAAAUGUCACUCUGUUCUGUGCUUCGCUUACAGGGAGUAGAACUUGCUCGCUGUACACACUGCUUCACGCCUGAGGAUGUCACUGGAAAAGCCCCUGUCCUGGGUACGGGCACAGGCAUGGGCAUGGGUUUUUGGAGACAGCCGCUAGUUGGCCAGAAACACUGCUCUAAGGACAUAAAUACGAAAGCUCUGGCACCGACCUGCUCCUUGUGUGGGCAGGAUCUGCAUGAUACUGGCUGUCGGCUUCUACCCUGCCAACAUUUACUCUGUAAGGAUUGCUUUCAGGGGUUGAUGCAGGAACUGGGCCACGUUGCCAAGGCUCACGGGACCGUUCCAGAUGAGCUCAUCUCCUGUCCUGGGUGUAACGGAGUAUAUCUUACCAGGGAUGUAACUGAACAUCUUUUUCUACAGUGCUUUCCUCCUGAGCAACUCAAAAUGGCCAGGAACUGCUCUGAGUGCAAGGAGAAGAGGGCAGCACACAUCCUCUGCACCUACUGCAAUCGCUGGCUGUGCAGCUCCUGCACAGAGGAGCACCGUCAUGGCCCUGCCCCAGGGGGCUCGCUGUUUCCCCGCUCCCAGAAGGGAUCUCCAGGAGUGAAUGGCGGUUCUGGAGACUUUGCCUUGUACUGUCCUCGGCAUACACAGGAGGUGCUUAAGCUGUUCUGUGAGACAUGCGAUGUACUCACGUGCCAUAGCUGCCUGAUGGUGGAACACAAAGAACACAGGUGCAGACACGUUGAAGAAGUUCUACAAAACCAGAGGAUGCUUUUAGAAAGUGUGACUACGCAGGUGGCACAUAAGAAAUCCAGUCUACAGACAUCUGCAAAGCAAAUUGAGGACAGGAUUUUUGAAGUGAAGCAUCAGCACCGGAAAGUGGAAAACCAGAUCAAAAUGGCCAAGAUGGUUCUGAUGAAUGAGUUGAACAAACAAGCCAAUGGACUCAUAGAGGAGCUGGAGGGCUCUGUUUUCUCUCUGUGUACCCAGGGCAUUACUAAUGAGAGAAAACGGAAGCUGGAACAGCAGUUACAGAGCAUCAUGGUUCUGAACCGUCAGUUUGAGCAUGUGCAGAAUUUCAUCAAUUGGGCUGUCUGCAGCAAAACCAGUGUCCCUUUCCUCUUCAGCAAAGAGCUGAUUGUGUUUCAGAUGCAACGAUUGCUGGAGACAAGUUGUAACACAGAUCCUGGCUCUCCUUGGAAUAUCAGAUUCACCUGGGAGCCUAACUUCUGGACCAAGCAGCUGGCUUCCCUCGGCUGCAUAACUACUGAAGGUGGACAGCUGUCCCGGAUAGAUACUCCCGCUUAUGGAGGCUUACAGGGGCCAUCAUCCUUUUAUCAAAGUCACCAGUCCCCAGUGGCUCAGCAAGAGGCCCUUAGCCACCCCUCGCACAAGUUCCAGCCUCCAGCACUGUGCUCCUCCUCUGUGUGCUGCUCCCACUGCUCUCCAGUCUCACCCUCACUCAAAGGCCAGGUCCCCGCACCCAGUGUACACCCAGCCCACGGCUUUAGGCAGCCCUCUGAGAUGGUGCCCCAGCAUCUGGGGUCCCUGCAGUGCUCCACCCUGCUGCCCAGGGAGAAGGAGGUGACCUGCAAUCCUCACCCGCCAAAGCUGCUGCAGCCCUGGCUAGAAACUCAGCCCGCGGUUGAGCAGGAGAGCACAGCCCAGAGGCCCGGGCAGCAACUGACCUCCCAGCCUGUGUGCAUUGUCCCCCCACAGGACGUUCAGCAAGGAGCCCAUGCCCAGCCCACUUUACAGACCCCCUCCAUCCAAGUCCAGUUCGGCCACCACCAGAAGCUGAAGCUCAGUCACUUUCAGCAGCAGCCACAGCAGCAGCUGCCCCCUCCGCCCCCUCCCCCACCUCCGCUCCCACAGCAACCAGCUCCAACUCUACCUCCAUCCCAGCACCUGGCUUCCAGUCAGCAUGAGAACCCCCCUGGGCCCGCCUGUUCUCAGAAUGUGGACAUAAUGCACCACAAAUUUGAGCUGGAAGAGAUGCAGAAGGACUUGGAGCUUCUCCUUCAGGCCCAGCAGCCCAGCCUGCAGCUGAGUCAGACCAAGUCUCCUCAGCAUCUUCAGCAAACCAUUGUGGGGCAGAUCAACUACAUUGUGAGGCAGCCAGCACCUGUCCAGUCCCAGAGCCAGGAGGACACCCUCCAGGUUACAGAUGAGCCUCCAGCAUCAGAAGGCCCAAAGCCAGCUCUCCCUCCUGACAAGAACACUGCUGCUGCCUUGCCCCAGACCCCUGGGGAAGAAACUCCUCACAGUGUCCCUCCAGUGGACAGUAGUGUCCAGCACUCCUCUCCGAAUGUGCAUUCCACCUCCGUGAACAUCAUGGGCUUUUCCAACUCUCUGGAGAUGGAGUUGUCAUCUACCAGGCUGGCGAGGACCCUAGAGCCACAGAUGCAGAGCGUGAGCAGUCUGACUGCUGGCGCUCAGCAGGCAGUACCAAGUCUGCUGAGUGGCCCCCCACAUACUGUGUCCAGCUGGACAAGUGUUCAAACUCACACCAUGCCCAGCCUGACAACCAGUCACCUACAGGCCAUGCCAGGCCUUGUACGUGGCACAUUCCAGUCCAUGCCCAACCUGAUAAGUGAUUCCCCCCAAACCAUCACAACCUUAGCAAGUGAUCACUCACAGGCUGGGCCCAGCCUAACAUCUGGUCACAUGCAGGCUGUGCCAAGUCUGACGACUUGUCCUCUGCAGAGCGUACCCCCAGUUUCUGACAUGCAGCUGGAAACUGGGCCCAGUUCCAAUCCUGGCUGUAGCAGAACUACAGAGAGCCUGUGCCCCAAGGAUGGGGCUGAUUCCUCCCUGGAGACUGCCCUAUGUAAGGUGGAAAGUGAGGAUCCCACUCGAUUCACUGACUCAUUGGGACAAGGCCCCCCAGCCCCUGGUCUGGAUGCUCCCAGGGACUUGGCUAUUCCCUCAGAACUGGAGGAGCCAAUUAACCUCUCUGUGAAAAAACCUCCACUGGCCCCAGUGGUCAGCACACCUACAGCUCUGCAGCAGUAUCGGAACCCAAAAGAGUAUGAGAAUUUUGAUCAAGGAGCCCUAGAAUUGGUUACAAAGGAAAACCAGAGCACCAGGACCUUCAGUAGAGAGCCCAAGAUUCCCUACGUACGACUGGAACGACUCAAGAUCUGUGCUGCUUCCUCGGGAGAGAUGCCUGUGUUCAAGCUGAAGCCCCAGAAGAAUGAUCAGGAUGGGAGCUUCUUGCUGGUCAUUGAGUGUGGCACUGAGUCCUCCAGCAUGACCAUUAAGGUCAGCCAGGAUAACGUGCCUGAUGCCAUCCAGGCCCCAGGUCUGGGGGGAAGAAAGGUCACUGUCACUUCUCUGGCUGGGCAGCGGCCACCAGAGGUGGAAGGCGCAUCUCUUGAAGAACACAGACUCAUUCCUCGAACUCCUGGAACCAAGAAGGGUCCCCCAGUCCCAAUAGAGAAUGAGGACUUCUGUGCUGUGUGCCUCAACGGGGGAGAGCUGCUGUGCUGUGAUCGCUGCCCCAAAGUGUUCCACCUCUCCUGCCACGUGCCAGCCCUGCUCAGCUUCCCAGGGGGAGAGUGGGUGUGUACCUUGUGCCGCAGCCUGACACAGCCUGAGAUGGAGUACGACUGUGAGAAUGCCCGCUACAACCAGCCUGGACUGCGGGCACCUCCUGGCCUGAGUGUAUGUGACCAGAAGAAGUGUGAGAAGCUGGUCCUGUCCUUGUGCUGCAAUAGCCUCAGCCUGCCCUUCCAUGAACCUGUCAGCCCCCUGGCCCGGCAUUAUUACCAGAUUAUCAAGAGGCCCAUGGACCUGUCAAUCAUCCGGAGGAAGCUACAGAAGAAGGACCCAGCUCACUACACCACCCCAGAGGAGGUGGUAUCAGAUGUGCGCCUCAUGUUCUGGAACUGUGCUAAAUUCAAUUAUCCUGAUUCAGAGGUUGCAGAGGCUGGCCGCUGCCUGGAGGUGUUCUUUGAGGGCUGGUUGAAGGAGAUCUACCCAGAGAAACAGUUUGCCCAGCCAAGACUGGAGGACUCGGACUCCGAGGAAGUGUCUAAUGAGAGUGGAUGUUCCAUGCCUCAGGGCUUCCCAUGGCCUCCCUACAUGCAGGAAGGCAUCCAGCCCAAGAGGCGGCGACGGCACAUGGAAAAUGAAAGAGCAAAGAGAAUGUCUUUCCGCUUGGCAAACAGCAUCUCACAGGUGUGAGAGCUGGAAGGAGACUGAGCACUCUGGUGUCUGGUGUCCUGUCCUGUUGACCAUUGCUCCCCAUCCUUCAACUUAUUCUCUUCAGAAUGUGGAUGUGAGAUGAGUCUUGUUGAGCUGUGUAGUGCUCUUCCUUGCCAUUUACAUCUAUAGCAUUUAUUUGGAGCCAUAGUGCAUCCACUGCAGAGAAGAUUUCAGUAAUAAAACAGGAAAAAGGGGGAAUCUUCCUUAUUGCCAGAGUAAUCAUAUUAUAGGACCAUGCCUGGUCAGGCUCCAGAGGACCUAACUUCCUUGGUGAAUUCCUCUGCUGAAGAAUGCAGACCUUUCUCACCUUUUAUUGGCCAGGGCUCAGCAGCAGUGUAUGUAUCUGAACUCCUCCUGGCUCAGAAGUGGGUAAAAGAAGGGAGUGAGGUUUGGACAUAUGGUUGGCCUGUGAUCCCUGGCCCAGCACAGCCAAAGACUGUCACUGUUUACCAUUGUUUGUCCUGUUGGGACAGAGUACCUGCCACAGGCAGAAUUAAUGGAGGCUUCUAGAGGCCGUAGGUCUCAAUUGGUGCCUAUUUGGUUCUAACGGUUUCCAGGGUAUUUGUUUUUCAUAUUUCCUUUCCUGAAGUUGACUUAGGUCACUGCCGUGAAAGUACCCUGGGGGUAUGGCAUUCUUGCUUGACUGGGUGGCUGUGCAGAGACCACUUUACAUCUUCUGGCUCAGAUUUCACUUGCCUCAAGAUGUCAACUUCAGAGUCCGCCUUCUGUGCCACUUACUUUGCGCUAGUAGCAUUUCUCAGUGUAAAAUCCCAUCUCCCUAGAAGUGAUUGUUGUGUUUGUCGGUGGCCACCCCUUCCUCAUCCCCAUUCAGACAUCUGGAUCUGAGUUCUUCUUGGGAAAACUGUGAAGCAGCUGCUGUCCUCUUCAGGCACAAAGUUCUCUGGGAGUGAGAGUGACUCAGAACUGGCUCACUCUGCCAGGGCCUCUCCUGCUUAGAGUCUAUCUAGUUCUUCACCUCUCCAAGUUCACAGAGCCAAAGAUCAGAAGUGAGUCCUCUGACUUGCCUGCCUGCAGGCUGUCCUCAGUCUGGAAAAAGCCAACACUCAACUGGCAUCAUUUUAGGUUGGAGGAUGGAGAAGGCCAUAGGGACUAGCAAUAGCCUAGACAUUCCUGGGGAAAUGCUGUCAAGGUGGAGAAAGAGAAGAUCAAGAGGUGAGAAAAUGGUGUCCUUUGAUGACCCCGAAGCAAUUUCAGGACCUUAUUUAUCUUAGAAUGUAGAAAUAAGCAUUUUGGAAGCCAUGGGAACAGGAGUUCAAGUCUGUAUCUCAAAUGGACCUUCAUGGUCAUGUGGAGUAUUUGUAUAGACAGAAAAUGGGGCAUAGGCUUCCUCUCAAGCAAGGGCUGGAUUGAGAAGAGACCCGUUGCUGAUACUGUUGGAGGAUUUAUGGACCAGGCGUUUCAGGGACCUGGCCCUGAGACAGCUUUUCCUGGUCCUGUCAUAGUACGGUUAAUUUCAGGGAAGUCUCAGGUCAUGGCUUUGUUUUUACUAGGAGAUGCAAUUUAAAGAAGUUCUUGUUUAUAAGGCCUUUGUGGAUGAGCAAUUUUUUUUUUAAAGUCAGAAAACAUUUCUUCUUCCCUCAUGAGUUAUGGUACUACUCAUUUCCUUCUCACCCAGGGUGAAAGAUCAUCUUCAUGUCAUAGAAACCUUGCCAUUGCCUUACCAUUCUUUUAGCAGCACUUGCCAAGCUCUCCUGAGUAGAUGGGUUUCCAUAAUCCUGCUUUCUAGUUUGGGGUAACCAAGUCUUCACUGUAAUCUUCAGGCAAGUAGUCUUCAGGCAAUCUCUGGACUCAGGCCUGAAUCUUUGGUGGCUCACAUGACUUUCUGGUUUGGGCUCUGGCCGUUUCCCUUUCAGUUUUUGAAUUUUCUCUGUAGCUGGCUUAGCAAGGCUCCUUCUGUACUCACUGCACUAAUUCUUGUCCUUAGUUAUUUUUCCUUCAGGUGACCCACAUUUCCAUCACCCCCGAGUGAAGGUCAUAGUAUUGUGUAUUGGAAAGCCCAAAAAGGCGGUGACAGGCUCAAACCUGGUUGAGAUGCUUUCAGAGAAUCAUUUGGAGACCACAAAUAUGAAGCAGAAAUGCCUGGUUAAAAGUUUGACUUCCCUUCUCCCAGUAAAGCUCCCAGUUUGGGUGUGGUCUGUUGGGCUCACUCAGGGGUCAGCUGCUGGACUGAGGGAUGUGGUAAGGAGUCCCAUAUUCCCUUCUGGUCAGAGACUCCAUGCUGAGAGGCUGGCUCCCUUUAGGCAGCUGAGCAAGGAGAGUUGGAAAGCAAGGGUAUCCUGGCCCAUCUUAUCUUCCCAACACUGGUUAUUUUAUGGCAUUACCUUUUUCCUGGCUUUCCCUAAAUACUCAGCACCAAUUUUUUAGUCAUGGCUUUGUUUUAUUUUAUUUUUGCAUGCAGAAGACAGAACAUGACUUUUUAUAAAUAAAAAAAAAAAUCCUGCUUGCCAAGUAACUGCCUUCGGUGGUUCUUUGCUGACCUUUAUACUAAUCUAGCAUUGACUUGUUCUUAUAGUAGCCCCAUUUUGAAGUCAGUCAUGCUCUUCAGGCCUUGACAAUGUCAUGCCAUGAAAAUAUAGUGAGUAUGGAGUUCUCACAAUAUAGCAUACAGAGCCUGAGAAGAAAAGUUGGUCUUGGUUGUGAUUAGAAAAAGGAUGGUAGUGUGGCUUUAGUUGAUGCAAAGGGGAUUUUAGUGCAGAUCAAACUCAGAAAGCAUUCUUCUACAGAUUGUGAGUUGGUUGACCCUCCCUGAGUUGUAGAAAUUGCUAACUACACACUUUGACCGCCCCAGUAACCCCUUGCUGAGUGGUGGCCACCAGGCCCUCCUUAGACCCUACUCGUUGUCAAGCCUACCAUUAACUCAGUAGACUCUGGCUUCUUGUACCCAUUUCUGGCAACAGGUCUUUCCUGGCCCUUAGUACCUGGGCCCCUCUUUGUUUGUUCCUGGGCUUUGCUCUGCUCUCUUCUCACAUCAUGGGAUCACCCACUGCCUUCCUGAGCUGAGCCUUUGCUCUAGCUGGCUGGUGGAGACUCCUGUGCUUCAUCCUCUGCUCCCACACUCAUUACUGCCCAAGUCACCUGCUCCUUUAGUCCAUUUCCAUGACCUCAUCCCUCUCUCUUCCUAAACCUUUGGUCUUCCCCUGAGCUUCUUCCUCUUCCCAAUUUGACCUCAGGAUCCAUCACCAGACAUUCCUAUCAGCAGCCUGAACUUUCCCAUCUUCUCAACCAUUCUCCAUUUUCUGCAUCAGCCUAUUUUCUGCCCCUUCCUCCUUGCUGCUAAGCGAGACAGAUUCAUAGUUGGCAGGCUCAGUAUUGAUUGAAAAUUCUUUAACUUGCUGUUGACCUCCUUUCUCAUCCAUGACCCUUCUCUUUUGUUCUCAGCAAAUGACUGACCUCAUUGUUUACUUCACAGAAGAGAGCUCCUAAAAGGAGACCUUCCUUACCCACCACCGAUCCCCUCUCCCUCCUGUUGAUCUGCGUGUGUGCCCUCCUCACCUCCUUCCCUGUUGCUCCUAGUUCUCUAUUCCUUGAAUCCUGCUAUAUGCCCACCAAAGCUUUGUUACCUCACUUAUGCCUCUGCUCCCAUUUCCUGGGAGCUUCAGCCUCCCUCUCCAUUAGUUACUUCUACAUAGCCUACAAACAACCAAAGUUCUCCCAAGAUUAAAAUAAAAACGUUUAGAGUCUAUUGUCCCUUUCAGUUUUUCUGUCAGCCAAGUUUAAUUUAAAAAUAGUUUUCUGUUGAUUCUUCUCAGUUAUUCUUCAGAUGUCUAUAAUUUUGCAUAAAAGUCACCAGUGACCACCCACUUGCCAAAUCAAAUAAAUACUUUGUAGUCCUCAACUGCCUUGAACUCUUCAUAGCAUUUCUCCCCAACCACCACUCUCGCUGUGAAAUAUCCUCUUUACGUGCUUUUAGGAUACCACAAGUCUCUGGAUUGUCCUCAUUCCUCCCAGACCCUUGAAACCUAGAUAGGGGACAUGUCUGUGGCUGUCUAUAGUUUCAGCUCUCUGGGAAUUGGAUAGGUAGGAAGAAUCACAGCUGCUUCUGAUUUUACCCUCCAUGCCUGUUUUCUUUGAGGCUCCUUCUCCUGGACUCAGUUCUUCUUAUGCCAAGCGUGUUUAUGAGUCCUGCUGGGAGGACAGUAUCUGUGAGUCCUUCUCCCUGCUUCUUUUAAUAAGCAUAUACUGUAUUUUAGCCAUCUGUAGGGGCCCAAUCUCCAUCAACCUAAGAGGAUGGAUUGGAUUUUGUAGUAUCCAAACCACAGUCAGGCUAAACCAGAUCACCAGGAUGGUAGGCAGCUCAUCACCAUGACCUCACACUAGUUAGAACAUGCCAUAGUCAGUAGGGAGCCCAGUAUCAUGGUAAAACAUGAUUUCAUGUAUGGUUCAGUGCUUCAGCCGGGAGAACCCUGACAGGGUGGAUGUCUACCACAAAUAACAUUCUGAGGGAGAGGUGACUGGGGAGCGCUGUAGUUCCUCACCUGCCAGAGCUUAGCUAGAGUCAGCAUAACUCCCUUUUGCUGGGUCUUUCGCACUUAUGCAGAUCAUCACCACCUGCUUGCUCCACAUGUUCCUGGAGCUGGAGGCAGAUGUUGGUUACUUGGAGGUAAGGAGGUAUAGUAGAAAUAUGUGAUUCAAGAGUCUGAACACCUCAAUUUUGGCCUUGCUAAUUAUGGGCGGUGUGACCUUGGGCUUGGUUUCCUUAUUUAUAAAGUUGGGGUAGAGGUGGAUGAGAACAGUGGUCUCUCAGAGACUCUCCAGCUCUACAGAUCAUAACUGGGUCUCUGAGGCUAGCCACACAGGGACAGUGGAACUCCAGGUGUGGGACACAGCCAAGGGAAUCCUGAUCAGGGGAGGGUAAAGGGUUCACAGGCCAAAUGGAACUGCUUUGAGGGAAGCCCUCAUCAGUUGGUGCUGUUCUUGAGCUAUAUGCCCAUUCCUCAAGAUGUACCCUUCUUAAAUAUCUAGGAUGAGUUCCUCAUAGACCUUUUGGUCUAUGUAGCCAUUGGAUCUGCAGUGGCUAGGGAUGGGAGGAGUGUUGUAAGGGGAGGUAUAACUGAUUUUAAAAGAACCUACACAUUCAAGAAUAAAUAAAAAAUAGUACUUUUCUUUACCAGCAAUUGUGUCCUAGAGUGUUU